AUGUCCAUGUGGCUCUCUGAUAACCAGAAGAUUGGGGUGGUUUUCUGCUCUGGCGGUGGUCUCUUCCUCAUCGGUGGAGUGAUGCUAUUCUUUGAUCGCGCUAUGCUUGCGAUGGGAAAUAUCCUCUUCCUCAUCGGCUUGACGAUAAUCAUCGGUCCUCAAAAAACAUUCUUCUUCUUCGCCCGGAAACAGAAAGCAAAAGGCACAGCCGCAUUCUUUGCAGGCCUCACGCUGAUAUUGAUAAAAUGGACCUUUAUCGGCUUCAUAGUAGAAGCGUAUGGAAUCGCCAUAUUAUUUGGUGAUUUCUUGGGCACGAUUGCAGGAUUCGCCCGAGGCUUGCCUGUGAUCGGGCCCUACAUCGGCAUUCUCGCAGAUCGGAUAGGUCUGGGCCGCCGCAACGCCGAGCUGCCCGUCUAAUAUCCACGUGCGCUUUUGCUCCGAUGACAGCUGCCAUGUCAUGAUCUGGUUGUACGUUGAAAUGCUGGAGAAUCCGAGGAUGGGGUGAUGAUAGCGAAGAUGCUCAAGGGCUGGUAAUAACUUAGCUCGUGUGAGCAGCGACAUCGGCGUUUGUGGCGUUAACUGAACAGCGGCUUUCAGGGAGACUGAACGAUGUAACAAUACUGAUGGAAUGUAAAAUAUAUGUAUCAGCCUAGGCCUAGGCUUAGGUAGGAUGUUUAUGAUACAAGCUGAUUAGCGAUAGCUGAUAGCCAACAUGAAGAAUCACUUUGAACCAGCUUGGUAUAGGCAAGAUUAAUUCUGACGUCAAGGGGCAACGCAAGUUGGUUAGGAGAGCCAUUUUGUGAUGAGACUUGAAAAUGCUGAUUUUUUUGUCUGUGUCGAGAAGAUGUCUCUAUCCUCCCAAACUAUGGCAGUUAAGUUGCGAAUAUUCCCACAGAAACUCCCCCAUCCCCCCCUAUAUCAUCCAACGCUCUGGUACUACUGCUCGACACCUUGAAUUUUUAUGCUAUUUUGACACUCAUCUAUCGAUGGUCAAAUUAAUAUCCGGUUUUCUUGAGGUGGUCGGCGAG